AUGGUGCAAGUGUUUGUCAACCACAUGGCGUGGGGGGCGUCAAACAAGGGAAAGAAGAAACCGGCAAGAGAGAUUGUGACGCUGGAGGAGCGGCCGAAAGCGUGUGUGGAUGCGCUGGGAGGGAACACGGCCAAGAUGGGGCACGAGUUCUGCCAGUGGUUCACUUUCAACUCCACUGUAUGCCCGGGCUUUAAGGUGGACUUUGUUCGCAACGACCAUUUGUCACUGUUCGAUCCCAAGAGGGCUGUAUUCGACCACAUGCCGUGGGGCCAGCCUGGUGUGACAGAUAUCCCCUCUGCAGACGUCAUCGUUCUAAACAGAGGACCCCACUGGACCCCUACACCUCUUUUCAUUUCCGGCGUGCAAAACGCUCUGCGUUUCAUUCGGCAUAAUUUUCCGGAUAAGCUCAUCAUCUACAGGAACACCCCUCCUGGGCACAAGGAUUGCGGAGAUUAUGAUCGGCCAUUGAACAAUCGGCAAGAGCUGGGAAGUUUGCCGUUUAACUGGGGUGAAUUCCCCAAGCAAAAUCGAGUGGCUAAAGAGCUGGUGGAGCAGGCUGGAGGGGUGUAUUUGGAUGUGGAAGAGAUGGAUGCGGACGACUUGGAGCAUGCUGAUGCACUGGAGAAGGGUCACGCGGACGCUGCACUGGGGAUGCUUUCGCUGAUCCCUGACUUCGGACGUGCAUAUCCUGCUUCCUGUCAAACGCCAUUGGUGGAUCUCGUUUCUCGCAGUUUCCUUGAAGAUAGCAUUUCGAUGGCGGCUGAAGCCUCGGGAAGUAAUAACCUUUUCCGCUGCCCGCUCGUGCUCGAAGUGGCUCUCUUUCUCACCCUGCUGUCUCUCUAUUAUGGACUCUUCUCCCACCCCUCUCCCCAACCGUGGCAGCUGCUGGCUCCUUCAGAUGCGGUUACCACGCCUAUGGUUACCAGAUCCUCUGUGGUUACCACCUCGAUGGUUACCAUACCGAUAAUUACCGCGCCUGCACCCGCAGCUUCGCCUGAUGCGUUUCCCGAGUCAGAUCCUGGCUCCACCAAUAAUAGUUCGUUGCAAAGUCCAGAAGUAGUACCUGACUCCAGCAGCAGCACCCUUGACACCAGCAGCAGCAUUCUUGACACCAGCAGCACCACCACACCAGCAGCACCACCACACCAGCAGCACCACCACACCAGCAGCAGCAGCAGCAGCAGCAGCAGCAGCAGCAGCAAGCUUGACACCAGCAGCAGCGCCCCUGCCCCUAGCAGCAUCGCUGCCCCUAGCAGCAUCGCUGCCCCUAGCAGCAUCGCUGCCCCUAGCAGCAUCGCGGCCGCUAGCAGGACCACCACCCCUAGCAGCGCCGCUGCUCCUAGCAGCAGCAUCCCUGUCCCCAGCAGCAGCACUGCUGCCCCUAGCAGCAUCGCUGCCCCGAGCAGCAGCAGCGCCCCUGCCCCUAGCAUCAGCUCUCAGGCAGUGUUGCAAGAUUCCAAUACUACCACCACCCACAGCAGCACGCCAGAGGUGCUAGUAGUAUCACCAGAAGAUCUGAUUUCAACUAUUGCUACUAGCCCGAAAGAUUCGCCAGAAUCUCAUGAGAAGGCUGAUCUGGACUUUCCAAUCGCGGAUCCUCCAGCGUCCCCUCUUCCCCCACUUCCAACCAUCCCCGGUUCCAACAUCACAUCAGCCAAUCAGCUCCUCGCUUUCCAAACCCGCCUCGCGUGCCUAACAGCAAACGCCACGUGGCAGCUGGACCCCACUCCCCGCACCCUCCCCUGGUCGCAACCCCACGCGGUCAGUGCAGGUUGGGAGUGUGACGAUAGGUGGAGGAGCCAGCCUGGGCAGAACAACUCCCGUUAUAAGAAUGUCGCCUUUAAGGAAGCGGAUGAGAUAGCCUUGGCAGGAGGUUCGGCGGAGGAAUGGAAAGUGAGGGAUACAGUGAAGUACAAGUGGGUUGCUGAGGGAAGCUGUGGGGAGUGGGGAGAGGUGGACAAGGGGAAACUUGAGGAGAAAUUGGAGGGGUUGACUGUGUUUAUAGUGGGGGAUUCGAUAAACGCAAUGCUGUUCAAGUCGCUGAAAAAUCAUUUCAGACAGGCUUUGAUGCCCGGUAGUGUGCAGCAAGGGGAUCAGCAGGAGAAGCAGAACGGCAGCAAAGCAGGCGGGAAUACCCUCGAACCGGUUGAAUUCACUCCUGCUUUCUGCAAAGGCCGCACCAAAAACAGGCUGCUGCAGCAACGGCCGUACCUGCUUCUGUGCACCGGGGUUGCGCUGGGUCGAACCAAGUUCAUAUACGUGCGAGAUGAUGUGCUCAGCACUGACCUGAAGCUUGAGGGAGAAACGGAGGCAAGAGAAGGAGACGAGAAGGGAGGAGGAGAAGAGGAGACGGCUCCUGGAGAAAGGGGAGGGAGAGCAGAAACAGGUGGUGCAGUGGAGACUGUUUGGCUGGCCGUUUUCCAUGACCCCACAAGCUUCUGCCAUUAA